UUGUGUGUGAUCGACUGAGCUAGAAAAUUGUCGAUUUACAACCACGUCAAUAGGUUAUAACUUCAUGCUUUUUCUCUUUACUUUACGCAAACAUUUAAGUUUUGAGUUGCCCGUAAAUUAUCGUAUUUGCCACGGUAGUCAAGCUUAUGUGGUAUUAACAUGAACAGUGUGGGCCGGGGCGAGACAUUCCACCAGUCCUUCUGCUAUUGUAAGUCGUCACCCCUUAUCAGGGGGCGGAGCAGUGCCCCGACCUCUGUGUCAAGGGUCACCGCCCCUCAACGAGACCACGAACAGUUUUUUUGGGCCGUCAAUGAAUGAAGCCUGCCAUAGUGUUCUCCAGCAUGGUGUGGAUUAAUGUGUAAAAACGGGAAUGGGAGAAUCAUUGGGGCUUCAAGAUGACGGCAGUGAGCAUUAAGACGGAGCCAAUGGGCACAUCGCCCCUUGAAAUAAACACUGGCGUCAAUGCCAUGGAUGAUGACAAGGAAAAGUCCUUUGCUUUCCAGCAAAGUCUACUCCUGAAGAAGGCACGUGCCAAAGAAGCUCAUGAUGUCGGAGCUAGCAUACAAAAUCUGAUGGAAUACCGUGAAGCCCCGUCCAGUCCUGGGGCCUCCAGUGUCCACUCCCUCAACAUGGACAACAUGGACCCCACAACACCGGACUCGCCCCCUCCCAUUCCUCCUCAGGACAUGGAUGAUGAGCGUCUUCCUAACGAACUACUUGAUGAGAUAUGUGAGGAUAUAGGAAUGAAGGAAGGCAUGGAGUUGGACUUUGUGGAGUUUCUCAUGGAACAGGACAUGGUGGACCCACAGGUGUAUAUGACACCGGAGGCCAUCCGUAACACGCUGGCCUCCACAGCAUGUACAUCCGUGUCACAAUCAGGCGUUCUGUCCACGCCAAAGACUGAGGUUGUGAAUAACCGUACAUGUGGAAGUCCAAACACCACAUAUUCUCAAGCGUCAACCACAAACUGUACAGUGGCGACCUCCAGUGGGUCAAGUAGCCCUGCUGCUAAACGUUUUCAUGCAUCAACAUCAGGACCAACAAGUCCAGUGAGGGUUAAUGCCCCAUUAAUGCCAUCAGAAAUGUUCAAGGCACCGCAGACACCCCCUACUCCAAGGAGGCCGUCCUCGCAGAGCAUCGCAUCACCCAGCAUUUCUAGCACCCAGGGACCCCAACAUUCACCCCUUCCCCCACGCAGUGUGUCCCCUCAGACUACACAGAAUUCAGUACCAUCCUCACCUUCACAGAAACAACCUCCCUCCUACAGUCAGAGCAUGUCACAAAACAGCAUGUACACCCAGUCAGUUCCAGAAAGGAUGUCCCAGAAGGGAGGCAUUCCUCCUGGCCUACAAAGGCAGGGUGUGGUCCCCCAUAACUACCAACGUCUUGGCCGCCCCGCUCCUCCAAAUGUCAAUGUCCAAAACAUGCAGUCACCACAUACUACGUUUCAACAGCAGAAGUGGAAUAUGUGCGACUCUUCUGCGGGUCAAAUGAACAACCCUGCAUGUUCUAUGGGUAACAUGGGACGGCCAGGAUUCCCACCACAAACACAACAGUAUGGCCGAACUCUUGAGUCUCCGCUUGAUCAGGGAUACUUCUCUGGGGACACGGCUAGUGUCCGUAGUUAUGGUUCGUCUUCUGUAUCAUCGACAGUGCCAUCGUCAGUGCCGCCCUCUGCAACUGGUGACAUGCAAAAUUCUAUGCACCUACGACAGGGUCCCCCGAAUCAGGGUUCUGGCUUGGGCCAGAAAAGUGUUCAUUUUGCAGAUCUACCCGGUGAUCAAAAUGUGCCUCCACUGCAACGACAGCGCUCAAAUGAUAGUAUGGGCUAUGGUCAAGGGUUCGAUCCAAGUGUUUCUUCAGACUGUGAUGUAGAAAAUGAAUUUAGGGACCCCAACCACAGGGGAGCCAUGAACUCUAAUAAGAUAAUGCCGCGUCUAACGCCAAGCAUGAAAUCUGAAAUUGCACCAUAUACAGUGCCUAAUGUGAAUGGACAAGUGGCUAUGAGUCCAUACAGAUACGAUGGUCGCAGUAACAGCCGUCCCAGCAGUGGGGAUAAUCCUAUGGCACCUAUGCAACAGUUUGAUUUCCCUCCUCAGCACAAGACGGGUGAUAUGUGUGGAGUGGACAAUAACCAAAACUCCAUGCAUCUUAACAAUUUCAAUAAUUCUGUGAAUAAUAAUAUGAGUAAUUCUUUGAGUAAUAAUAUGAGUAAUUCUUUGAGUAAUAAUAUGAACAAUUCUAUGCAACAACCAACUGGUGAGACAGACUAUCGUGUAUCAUGUUCUGGAGGUGCGCCCAUUGGGAUGCAGCCUCUUUCUCACUUUGAUGGAAGUCAGGGCCAGUAUGGUAUGCAACAGCAGGCAAACCUUCAAGGGAGGGGUCAGAUGUAUCCGAAUUCUAUACAGGAAACAGAUCAUUACAAACUUACUGCCAAUAUGACAAAUCCUAACAUGGAAAAUUACUGUGAUAAUGGGUUCAGAAAUUCACAAGGACAGAACAUGAACUCUAGUUGUGGCAUGAUGAAUCGGGGUACGCCUAAAAUGAUGGGCGGGCCCCAGGUUAGCUCCAAUCAAGGGACACCUCUAGGAAUGAUGGGCGGGCCCCAGGUUAGCGCCAAUCAAGGGACACCUCAAGGAAUGAUGCGCGGGCCCCAAGUUAGCUCCAAUCAAGGGACACCGCAAGGAAUGAUUGGUCAACAGCAAGGACAAUCUGGUUUCCGGCAAAAUUUCAUGUCAGGGGUACCGUGUGGCAACAGUGCUCCUCGACCUUUACACAUGAAUGCCAUGACCUCUAGUGCGCAGAUGAUGCCACCAAAUCAAGGUGGCAUCCCACCAGAAUACAGCCGGUUACAGGGUGUCCCUGAAACUAUGAACAAUAGCCCCAUGUACCAGAACUCUCAGCCUCAGUUUAGUCAGGCAAACAUGGGACCUGGCACAGGAAACAACCCAGCGUGGGCAGGUGCCACGCCACAAACCCCCCAGCCUCAUAUGGGUGUCCAUCCAAAGGUUCCUCAGCAACAACAACAGCAACACCCAGGCAUGGGAAGCAUACCAAUUCCUGGCACUCCCGGAGGCCAAAAUCCCAUGCAAGGUGGUGCCAUGCCCCAGUGUACAACACCAAACUGUCAGAGUUGUAAGACUGGCUCCCCCCAUCGCCCACCCAUGCUAGCCUCACAACAGACAUUCAUUCAACAUCUCAUCACAGACAGAUCUAAUGCGUUCAGGUCUCAUCCCCUGUUCCCAUUACUCCGAGAUCUCAUCAUUGCAGACAUGAAUUUCAAUUCCCCUUCUUUUCCAUACCAACUCAUUAGUAAUCUGCCUGCAGAAUUUGACAAAUUGUUACAAAACUUUCUUCAUCGUAAUCCUCCGUCCGGAAAUUAUCAAACCAACUUUUCUGUGGAAAGUGUUGUCAUGGAUGCUUUGAAAUAUGCUCAUACGUGCCUUAUAGAAAAAAUCCGAAGUCGCCAAGAACAAGAUAAGCACACGAAAAGUACGUCCAAAUCCUUGAGUGCUAUUGAGGAGUUUUGUGAGAAGUUCGACCGGUCUGUACGCAAUACCAUCAUCAAGCCUGCGACAUUCCAAGUGCCAAACCACACGACUGGUGUCACGUCAACAAGCAUGGCUGGCCAGCCGAUGGAUGGGGGUAUGACUCCGACCAUGGGUACCCCUCAGAAAAGCCUCAAUGAAAUGAUGAUUCAUGCAGAUAUGUUCUCAUCACCUGCAGCCAAGAAGGGCCUGGACCUUGUUGGGAUGGCAUCACCUCAGUUUAAAUCCCUAAGGGACUUAUCGGAAUGUAAUGACAAUGGGAGCAUGGUCAGCAGCAGUAGCCAGCAUUCCAUCAAGUCAGAGUCCAAGAAACACCCAAGUCUUCCUAAAGAGGCUGUGGCUAUCAUGUUGGACUGGCUGCGACAACACAAAGACAAUCCCUACCCUAAUGACGACGAGAAAGCAAUGUUAAUAAAACAGACAGGUUUGACAAUAAACCAGAUCAACUAUUGGUUCACCAAUGCCCGUCGCAGAAUUCUCCCAAAAUGGGCGCAGCAGUGUAAAUAAAACCAGGAAACUGGAUGUAACAGAGCAUAAUAGUACUAUCACAGGCUGGACGACGACGACGACGUAGGAAAUCUCUUCUCCUGAAAAUAGAACCCAGACUUUCCUUGUCAGAAUCAUCAGUUGCACUUGUCUGUGCAUGAUCAUGGCCAUGGAAUUCUGGAUGUAGCAACAACUUUCCCAGUAGCAACUGGUUGUGGCACCUGAGGAUUAUAAAUGAGUGUUGCAGGUAGGGUACUCCUUCCUUGGACACUGAUCGCCUCUCUAGCCGAGGAGGCCGGAGACUAGUGGGCAUCUCUUUCACCAAGGCAAGAGAUAAGUUACUCCACUGUGAUUGACAGGAGGAGACUAUGGUCCAAAGGCGGACAAGGGAAGGAUGGAUGUUGUCAGUGACUGGUAACCAUUGAACAAUCUAGUGCUGGCCAUUAUUGGCCAUAAACCCAGUCGAGCCUCAGCAGAGAUCUUGAAUGUCUUAUCUGAUUGUGUUUGGGGAUUGAGACAUGGGUCACUUCAGUGAGCAGUGUUGAUGUGUGACCAAAGAAGGAUAUUGUACGAUCACCACAGAAAACAUUUCUGUGGUAUCUCAAACCAAAGUGUGUGAUAUAUGUACAUAUGUAUUCAACACAAACUGUUAUCAUGUAGAUAGUUUCACAAAAUGUAUAUAUUGAAAUGUAUGAUUUCAUUACCAGUCAACAUACCAAUAAUCUCACACAAAUUAACAAGUGUGUUCCUAAUACGUUUAUGUAACUUAUCUAAUGUAUUUGACAAAAAAAUGGGAGUUUUCCAUGACGUUUUGUCAAGUUUUCAGGGUUAGUGCUUGUAUUUUAUUUGUAGUUCAGACAUAAGAUGUCUUGUUUAUGGAUGAACAAGAAGCAACAAAUUAAGAAGUUCUGAAGAAAUCAUGACUUUGUUGUCUUGAAUAGUCACAAUAGUGGAUGCAUUUUGAUAAAACAGUUAUUUAUAAAAUGUGUGGAAGUGAGUGAAGGAGUGAGUGAAUACAUACUAUGCAUUUUUUUAAAAGAAUAUUAACUAAGUAAUGAUUUUAUUAUUAUUUAAAAAAAAAAUGUCCAUGAGAGGACUCUAAUGCAAUAAUUUAAUCCCAGUUUUGUGGACAUGGGGAGAUUACUCUUUGAAGAUGACCAUGGUCGUGAUUUUAUUUUAUUUUAUUUUAUUUUAAUCACUUUUUAAAAGUCAGUCAAUAAUCAUCUCAAUUUUCAUCCCAUUUCAAUGAUUGUGUUCAAAACAAAAGCAUUAUUUCAAAUUCCAUUUCAUGUAUGAUUUACCAUUUAUGAGAGUCUGAGACUAAUGUUUGUUAUUAGACAAAAGUAAUGCGGAUUGACAUUAAUUGACUAAUUAUGAAAAGCUACAUUACAAUUGUUCACAUUUUUUUAACAUCUCAGGGAAAUUAAGAUUUUUUUGUACUAUUCAAUAACUGAGAGAAACAAAUAUUAGACAUAUAAUUUCUUCUAAUCAGAUCUGUCUCUUAGCAUCUAUGGAUCUAUGGCGCCAAAAUCUCAUCAAAUUACCCAAACAUUUUACUUGAAGUUUGUCUGCUUAUCCUUUUAAUAAUUAAGCUUUAAUUUUAUAGCAUGCUGGAUCAUGUAGUUGUCAUUAUUAAUAUGAGUUUAAAGCUGAGCUCAUUUUACAGUAAUGACAGUGCCUUCUGUGGAAGUGAAGGGAGAUAACUCUUGAACUUGUUUAUCUAAACUGUAUAUACAUGUGUUUGCCCCUGUAGAUGGUAAUAUGACGGCACACAGGAGAGAAAAUUUUAUUCGCCCUUUUUCCAUGUUGUACUUUGUAUAUAGAAAAGCAUGACAACAUGUUAAAAAAAAUACUUUUUACUGUGUGUUUUUAUGAUAAAUGUUGAUCCUUUGUUUUAGAAGCAAUAUACUUGAUGAGAACAAUUAAAAUCACAUUGUGAUAUAUAUUUACAUGUUUAGAUGUUUGUGUCAAGACUUUUCACAGUUGAUGUAUAUUUCAUAUCAUACAUCUAGUGUCUACUUCAGCAGAAGCCUUGCAAGUCUGUCCAGAACAUUUCCGCCCAAACAUUGCUACCAUUUGAGGCAACUUUCAUAUAUGUGAAUUCUCAGUAAAACUAUUUUUCUAAUAUAUUGGUACAUCACUUCAUUCAAACAGUUGUUUUUCUCGGAGUAGAGUCUACUUUAUCAAUUUUGCCAAAGAUACAUUAUUAUUUAGGCUAAAGUUGUUUUUGAGCUUAGCCAAAAUAUAUCUGCAAAUCGAGCUAUAAUCUUACAAGAGUUUGAUACCUAGAUUAGGAGCUUGUUGAAUUUGAUAGAUACAAUGACAGUCUACAAACUGCAAUGAUGUCAUCACAAGUCUAGAACUUGGGAUUUUAUGAAAUAAUGAAAUAUUUGAGAUGUGAUUAUGAAUUAGGCUGUCAUUUCCUUUACACAGUAUUGAUUUCAGAUUUAGCUUUAUUUUUUUUUUAUAUAUAUAUACCGAGGUAUUGAUUUUAUUAAGAGAAAAGGUUUAUGGAAUUAAAUCCAAAGAGGAUGUUUGUUGGAGUUGUGAACAUGUAAGUUUCCUCUUCUAUAAUAGAGCAAAUGUGAAAACGUUCACUUAUUAUAUACAUUGUAUACAUAACUUAUUCAGUGGGUAAUUACCUUGCAUGCACGCCUGAUCACAUUGAUAUACCAUGAAAUAUAUCUAGAUUACAGAAAUUUACACCAAUAUUGCCAGCAUGCCACUAUUUUGAAGAGUCGAAAGAGAAAAAUUUGCAUUUUUACUGUGUACAAUACAAAGUAUUUUUCCAAGAGAGAAUAAAUUUAUGUGCCUUUCCAAAAUUGAAAUUCGUCCAAAUUGUUUGUUAUAACAUGAUCAAUUAGUUCACACCUGUUUCAAAUUAAGUGAUUAAAAAAGACUACAAAUUUUAUAUUAUACAUUUUAAAACUUAUGCUGUUAACUUUGAUCAAAUUUAGAAACACAAUGGAGUCUAAUUGUGGUAGCUUGCGAGGAACUAACAAGAUGAUAUGCAUGCUUUGAGUAGCUGUGAAACUGUUCUCUAAGGAAUACAAAUGAGAAAUGUCUGUUUUCCUGGAGUAGAAAUACCAUGGGAUGCAGAUUUAAUGUACUCACUUAACCAAAUAAUGUUGGUUUUUUUGUCAUGAACUUGUUAAGAUGUGGUUGCUUACUCUGACAUGUUUUAGAGCAGAGAGUAGCUCUUUGCUUAUACAAAUGUAACCAAAGAUAGAGUUAGUAGCAUGAUAAGCAUCGAUCUGUACGAAUGCUGUAUAGCAAAAUAUGUGUUAUCAUCAGUCUAGAUUUCCAUUUAAUGGACAAUAUUUAUUUUCUCUUCAAUAACUUAUUAUUUUGAGAUUUUUGAAUAUUUUUAAUGAUUUUUUUUUUUACAUCUUCCUGGCUUUUAAUCAAGGCAAAAUGGCAGAUUCCAAAAUUGCAACAGAAAGUAUAUUAGGUGACAUGUUUAUAUUUCAAUCAAGACACAAAGUUUUCUAUAUACUUUUAGUAGUGUAAUUAUUAUCAAAAUUCUAGUUUUAAUGAUUUUUAAUUUUUUUUUUUUUUUAUAAAAUAUGACCUCAAAACAAUUCAUACGUUUUAGGAGACCGCGGGCAACAACCUUAAUAGCACCUCUUUCACAUUUACUAUCUCCUUUAUUUUCAAUGGCAUUUUCUUUCUUUCCUCUUUUCUUUCUGAGCAUUUUUAUGUAGAUUUUACAGAGCACCUCCACCCAUUUUCACAACACAAUGUUCAUUAUAACCACAGCUUGUCAUUACUUGAACUGAUAAAAAUAUAUUAUUUGGUCUGUAUUGUGAGAUGGGGAGUCUUGUGAGCUGUUAUUAAUACCCAGGCUCGUCAAGGAAAUAUUUUGUAAAUGUAACUUUCUUUUACAUAUCUUAAACACGAGGCAAGGUUUUCAAGUAAAGGUGCAUUGUUUGUUUUUGUGUUUUGUUCAACAUAUGUUCAAGUAGACGUGUAUCUAACUCUUGCAAGAUAUAUGUGUGGGUGUAUGUGUGCUAGUGAAGUUUAAGGCGUGUUUCGUAGAGUAUUUACAUGUAUAAUGGUUGUGUGAUGUGGUGUACAAAGUUCUGUCACAUUUUAAACAUUAAGAUGAGGCAAGAUAUAUGUGCCUGCUGUUUAUACUUUUUACAAGAUAGAUAAAGACAAAAUAGUGUAAACUGCAAUUAAUAAAGCUAUAUUUUUAAACCUA